AUGUUCGCCAAGCCUGCCAAGGUGAGCGGCAACGUGCUGCUCAAGAACAAAGACGCCAAGAAGCUCCGACGCGACGUGGCCGACUGCUUCAAGGGCUCCUGCGACGGCCCCGACGACCCCAAUCUCAAGGAGCUGCUCGCCUCCAAGGCUGCGGUGAAGAAGAUCAGCUUCCAGGCGCCGUCUCGGGUCGUGGUGUACGCCGCGGAGGAGACCAAGGAACCUCUGAUCUUCGAUGUCUCGGGCAAGGGCGACCUGUGCUUCAGUGUGUACGCUCUGUGGCGGGCGCCGUCGCUGCUGCCCCCGCUGGUGGUGCACGCUCCUGUGAGUGAGUUCGUGCUGCGAGGAGCGGACGUGAUGCUGCCGGGCGUCGUAUUCACGUCGAUGGAGCAGCUGCAGUCGCUGAAGAAGGGCGAGUUGCGAGCGGUGUACGCUCGAGGCAACCCUUGCGCCAUUGGCGUGGGUGAGAUGCUGGUGGAUGCGGCUGAGGUGGAGCGCAGCGGCAAGAAGGGGCGCGCUCUGAAGCUCUGGCACGUUGUGGGGGACUCGUUGUGGCAGAUGGGACCGCAGACGCUGCCAAACGAGGGGUUCGUAGGUGACCGUGUGGUUCCCGUUGGAGGCGAGCAAGAUAGUGAUGAAGAAGUCUCGGAAGACGAUGCUGGGGUGAGCUUGAACGGAGUCAAGUUGGAGGAGGAAAAGGAGCAGGAUGGGGAUGAGGAGAGUAAGGUGGAAGAGGAAGAGGAGGAAGUGACGAAAGAGCAGAUGAACAGUUACUAUGUGGCUGCGCUGCUGCAGGCACUGAGGACCGGGCGCAUUCGUGAGAAGGGGCUGCCGAUGUUAGCCAGCUCGUUCCACGCGAACGUGUUGCUGCCUUGCCGCCGGGCCGGUGUGUCGCUGAAUAUCAAGCACAGCUCGUUCAAGAAACUUUCGGUGUUUCUGAAGGGUAUGGCAGCACAUGGCCUGCUCGCUGUGGCUGAUAACGACGGCGUGCAGUCGAUCACUGCUAUUUCCCGACGCCAUCCGGAUGUUCUGUCGCACGAGGUCUAUCAGACCGCGGAGGAAGCUCAGCAGGAAGAACUGGCCGCUGCGAACAAGGCUGCUGGUCUCCCCGCUUUCGUCCCCGGCCAGUACGCUCCCGAGGUGGAGGAGAGUAUCGGUUUGUCCCCAGCACUCAAGACACUUCUCCCAUCUAUUCUGCCGAACACUGCUGCUGGUCAACCGCUGCAAAAGUACUGGUCGGCUGCUGACAUCCGUGACUUGGUGAACCAGUACGUGGAGAGCCAAGGACUUGUGGACGCUGGAAACAAAAAGUUUGUGCGGCUGAACGGUCCGCUGACGGACGCUCUGUACGGCAAGAAGGCACCUGCAGGUGGGUAUCCCGACCGUCUCGCACGUCCCGAGGUUCUGAACCUGCUGCUGGCCAAGUGCACACGCUACCACCGCAUCAAGCUCUUCCCGACUCACGCUGCCAAGUUCCACGGCGGCAAUCUCCGUCCGAUUGCGAUUCACGCUGAAAAACUCAAGCGCCGGAACAACACUACCGUGACCUGCAUGGCGUUCUACCAGCAGUUCGGCAUCGAUGGUGCUGCAUUCGCUAAGGAGGCGCAGAAGAAGUGGGGCUGCAGUGCCGCUGUGCAGACGUCCGAAGACAAGAGCAAGGGCGAGGAGAUCCAGAUCCAUGGGCAGAUGGUGAACGAGGUGCUGGAGUACUUGAGCACCAAGUACCGCAUCAACGCCAAGUACUGCAACGUGACAUACGGGAAGGAUGUCAAGGCCAAGAAGAAGAAGUAA